AUGGGGGAGUUUGCAAAAGGGUCCACCGCCCUUUUUCCUGUCUACCUGUGCACAGUAACAUCUGGAGCAUUCAUCAACAUCUGUCUGGCUCCUCCCAACAUUCUCAAUUCACCACGUUCACGCAGGUUCCCGACGGAGGUCAAGAAGAUGCACGUGUCUCUGGCGGAAGCCCUGGAGGUCCGGGGAGGCCCGCUCCAGGAGGAGGAGGUGUGGGCCGUGCUGAGCCAGAGCGCCGAGAGCCUCCAGGAGCUCUUCCACAAAGAUCACACAGCCAUGGGCUUCAUCAUCUCCCCCUGGUCCCUCCUGCUCAUGCCCUCCGGCAACAUCUCGUUCACUGACGAGUACGUCACCCAGCAGGACGUGAAGGCUUUCACAGCCCCAGAAGUCCUGGAGGGGCUCUCCUUGAAUUCCAUCUCGGACCUGGAAAAGAUGCACAUGUACUCUCUGGGAAUGACCUUAUUCUGGGGAGCAGACUAUGAAAUCCCCCAAAGUCAGCCCAUGAAGCUGGGGGAGCACCUGAACAGCCUGCUCCUCAACAUGUGCGACGACGUCACGCUGAGCCGCAUGUCGCUGCGCACGGUGCUGGACAUCUGCAGCAAGCACAUCAGGAACUCCAGCGGCGAGCCGCCCUUCUCCUACAUCAGGAAGCUGGUCCGGCUGGUGCUGGGCAGCCUCUCCCAG